UGCUUCACAUGCACCUUUCCUUUGUGGAUGUAAUUUCGAUCUUAAGUUCCAUAGUUAUCAUAGCAUUUUAAGAGAUACUAAAACUAUUAUUUGCCGGCGUGGUGUCCAAUUGCUAGAUUCCUAUACAUUUCUGAAUACUCUACUAGUUCUAGCUGUACUUCAGGCACUAGCAGAACCAAGAAAUUUUACUUUGGGGGUGUUUUGGUUACCAACAACAGCGAGGUCUACACUAUUGGCUUUGGGAUAUGUCUUCCCAACCACAGUUUACAUCACAGUUGCCUCUUGGCCAUUUAUUACUCCGCCUAAGAUAUUCUUUCCUUAUUAUCCUGAAGCCACUGUCUUCCUGGCCCGUUGUAACUCUAGAAUUUGCUGGGAAAGUAGCAGAGUACGUCGUCUUGUGGUUGAGAGUGACAUACUUAACAGAUGUCUGGAAAUUUUCCACUAAGCGGGCUGCUAAAUUUGUAAAUGUGUCUACGGGUGUAGAGACCAUAAUGCCUAUAGGCAUGGCGUUCCUCGUAGAUGUUUUCUUGGGUCACCAUGGCAUGCUCAAGAUCUCCAGCAUUAUGUAUAGCUUUGGGAUGGUGUUCUUGUUUUUGUUAGCACGAUAUUCUGAACCAAUUCAUGAAGGCAGCCGGCCACGUUGCAUCUCAAUCGUUGUGUUCUGCAUAUCAUCACUCCUCAUAGCCAAUGGGCUAUCUGGUCAUAAGGUAUCCUCGAGUUCUGUCCAAGAGCAAGAAAAGUCGAUCCAAACAGAGAGUACUGAACAAGACGAUAUAGAAAGGAAAAAGGCAGGAAAAUUUAGACGCUUCUUUAGGAGAUCUACACGCUUCUUCGCUCCGAUUCUUCUCGUCUUUGUGCUUACAUUUAUGCCAUGGCGAUGGCCAUUGCCUUCCCAAUUUGGGAUAGCAGCAACAGGGAUGGUAGUAGCAAGUGGUCUGUUCAUGAGCUUCUCACGCUUAUACAAAUAUGAUAAACCACAGGGGAGUCCUCUCACCACUCUUUCUAGAGUCUUUGUAGCCUCUAUUUCCAAGAUGUUUAUUACCCUCCCACCGGAUGAUCAACUCCAUGAAAAUCCACGUAGUUCUCACUAUUUGCCUCACACCAAGGGCCUCAGGUUCCUUGACAAGGCUGCCAUUGUAGUCACAACCCAACCCGUAAAGCAACAAGAACAAAAUAGAUGGGGACUUUGCAGUGUAACAGAAGUAGAGGAAGUAAAAAUCUUUAUACGCAUGAUACCUUUGUGGAUUACGUUUAUCAUGUAUGGGCUCGUGUCAUCGGUUGGAGACACUUUUUUUAUUGAGCAAGCAUACAAUUUGGAAGCAUCCAAAUUGUAUAAAAAAUAUGACCUUUCUUUUUUGCUACUAAUCUUCCAGAAAAUUGCAGAAUACAUGUUCGAAAUAGUCACUCAGAAGUUAAUUAAAAAGGGAUCAAGAAAAUAUGCAGCCGCAAUUGGAAACAUAGCAGCAACGAUAAUUUCUAUACUUUGUUGUAUCACGGCUGCUGUAGUGGAGAUCAAGAGGCUGGAGGAGAUCAAGAGGCUGGAGGAGAGGCUGGAGUUUUUCAAAAGGAAUGGGUUAAUUCACAAACCUGAUGAGCAAAUCCCAAUGAGCAUGUUCUGGCUUCUUCCACAGUUUUUUCUUCUUGGUGCCCUUGAUGGAAUCUCUCAUAACCUUCUUAGUGAUUUCAGCAUUGCUUGUUUCUCCAACGGAGAAGUUCCUGACUCCAUUAGCUCCUACUUGCGAAUUUUCAGCGAUAGUGUAUUCGGAAUUGGAAUUUUGGGUGGUGCCCUUUCAAUUUAUAUAGUGGGUAUGGUCGAACCAAGUUGGUUUGGGCAGACACUGAACGAUAGUCGUUUGGAUAAGUACUAUUGGACACUGACAAUUCUCAGUUACAUAAAUCUUGUCUUCUCCACCCUGGUGGCAUUUUGGUACUGCUAUCGACACGAGGCAAUUGAAGAGUCUCAAUUAUCUGCCCAGACUGAAAAUGAUGAUAUGCAAUGCAAUGUUGCUGUUGUUGUGGUAUAGGGAAAGUUAUGCGUCUGUGAAUCAUAAUUUUAUAAGAUAUAUAUGGUCCUUUUUUUUUUUUUGAAGAAAGACAUAUAUGGUCUUUGAUUAUGCUUGGAACUUGUAGAACCUGUAGCAUGGUGCAUUUGGUUUAAUGUUAGGUUUUUGGUGGAGAAUAUAUUAUUGUACACAUUUAGAAUUAUUAGGCCCUCAUCAUUUAAUA